AUGGGGUGUCAGGGCUAUGGGGAGACAUAUGCAGGGCUAUGAGGGGCAGGGAUAUGGGAGGCAUGUAUAGUGGAGACUGACAAGACACAGGGUUAUGGGGGUGCUGUCAGGGAUGUGGGGCCUGGGCAGAGAUAUGGGUUACAGGAAUAUGGGGUUGUCAGGGAUAUGGGGUUGACAGAGAUACAGGGAUUUGAGGGGCAUAUCCUGGGGGCUCUGGGGUUGGGUUUGAAGCUGUGUCCCUGUAAAAAGUUAUCCCUUUUGCUUGUCACUCUUCGAGUUGGGUAGUCACCCUUGGAGCCCAGUGCAGGCUGGAAGGGAAGGCAGGGCUGAGACAGGUUUGCAGGGAGCAGCCAGAAAGAAUUAUUUUGCUACUGAGAUGUGAGGGUGGAUUAAUACUAGGGUGACCAGACAGCAGGUGUUAAAAAUCGGGAUGGGGUAGGGGAUAAUAGGAGCCUAUAUUAGAAAAAGCCCCAAACAUUGGGACUGUCCCUAUAAAAUCGGGGUAUCUGGUCACCCUAAUUAAUAUCCCCUCCUAUCCAGUUACUGUUCACACUGCGGGCAGUGCACCUGGGGUGACCGUUGGGGAAAGGAUGGAAUUGUUCAGGCCAGAAUAUUCUGUGGCAGUUACGAUUCCCUGGGUGGGAAUUGGGCAGAGGGGCCCUCCAGUGUGGUGGGGGAGGUGACAGCUGUUGAGUGAACUGGGAAAUGGGCUGAAGGACCAUAGGGCAUGGUAGGAAGCUGACACAGAUGAGGCAGUUGGGAAAUGGGCCUUAAGGGGAAGGGAAAAGGAGAGGCAUAUAGGCACUGGGCCAUUAGAAGAGGAGAGAUUCUUAAGAAAGUGCAGUGAAAACAGCAGAGCCCCCUUGAUGAGGGGUGAAAAAAGUGAGAUAAAUUUGAAAGGGUGUAAGCUUACGUAUGUGAGGGGAGCAGAGUCAGGGACAUGAACAUGAGGUGAAAAGAAAAGAAAGGGAGAAGACAGAGAAGAAACCAACCAAUCCAAAGAGAAUAUGAGAGCACUGAAAGUAAACAGGCUGUGAAAUUCCCUGGGAAGAAAACAAAGCCAUGAUCUUUGCAGCUUUCCUAUGAGAUUCCUCCCAGGAUAACAACAAUAGAGCCAUAGAAGCAGCUGAAGUAACAUGAAGACCCCACAAGAAACUGCACCAUAAGGGGAUUAUAUCUUGAAGUUCCUUGACAGCUUCCCAAGGAGUAACAUUGACAUUGGCUGGAGCAACAUCAAGUGGAUACCCCUUCUGGCUGAACAUCUUAUGAAGCAAGCAGGAAACUGAAGUAAAAAUGUCUGGAGGACAGUCAGCACACAGCAUACAAAUGGCCAACACCCCCUCUGUGACAUGUUCAUUGCCUGGCUCUUACACACUAGCAGCUAAUAAAGGAAUGCUGCACUUCAGUGGGUGCCCAAGCAAUAACGAAGCAACAAACAGAAAAGCUAUUUUGAGAUCUUCGCUUCUUGGUCUGGGGAUGUCACAUAAAGCGAGACAAAUAUGGAACAACGUAGCCCAAAAAGGCUACUGAAGUGAAGAGCAUCGUUGAUCUGGAAGGACAACUGGCCGAAUUCCUAAAUAAAGAGAGAGGGAUCUGCAGGAAAUGGCAAAUGGAGCAGAGAACAGCUCAUUGCAAGCAACCCCGCAGCCUGUGAGGUUUCAGAACACAUCUAAUUCUAGGAACCCAAGACUCCAGAGUGGGAAGAAAUCUAGAUGCAAGCUUUCUCUUCCAGUCCCACAUCUGAAUUGCCAACUCAGCCCUCACUCAAAAUGCAAGGCCCCAAGUAAGAUACUUGCAUCGCUUGUAUCAAAGGCCCAUUUUGGGUGAUGUAAGUAAUCAGUCGCAAACAAAAUCAGAAAACCUCUUAUGAAGGAUAUUAGAACAAAUCUACACAAAUGUAUGGUCUGCCCAGAGACCUGGUACCCUGAUGCCAAUUGGAGAAACAAAAACAAUAAUUAGCACUUGCCCCAUAACAGGAAACAAACAACAUACAGUUAGAAUGACAAGCCUGUGUCUGGAGGAGGGAAGAGAAGAUGAAAUGGAAAGGGAUUUAUAUAAUAUACCCUCCCACAGGGCUAUUUCUCCUACAUUUGUUGCUCAUAUGAUGUAUGAAUUGGCUUGGCUGGACAGUUAUUCUAGCCUGAACCUUCACCCAAAACUCAGACUGAACCUCUGCCUAACUUCAAAGAAACUUCAGUUAACUUUCUGUUUCCACUGUUGGAUGGAAGCACCAAAUCCCAGGCACAACUGUUCUCAUGGCUAUUCCAGCCCAAUGCAGGCACAAAGUAACCAGCUUCUCUUCAUCACAGAGCAUGCUCUGAUGAUACCUCUAACCCAGUUCUGGGAGCCCCUUGUGGUUCUGAGUCCCCCCCAGAGAGGGCCGGGCAGCGGCGCAGCAUGCCCAGCGGGGUCAUGGAGAAAAAUCCCAGCAUGGAGCCCACCGCCACGACGCCAUUCCGUGUCACGAUCCCAUCUAAUGCCGAGGCUGAAAGAAUCACGCUCCCACGAGUCUUUGCUCAGCCCCAGUAGCGCCGUUGAGGCUCUGGAUCUCAGUAUGGAGGAAGAAGUGGUCAUCAAGCCAGUUCACAGUAGCAUUCUGGGGCAGGACUAUUGUUUUGAGGUGACGACUUCAUCAGGAAGUAAAUGCUUCUCCUGUCGCUCUGCAGCAGAACGAGAUAAAUGGAUGGAGAACCUGCGGCGUGCCGUGCACCCAAAUAAGGACAACAGCAGAAGGGUAGAGAAUAUGUUAAAGUUAUGGAUUAUUGAAGCCAAGGACCUGCCAGCCAAGAAGAAGUACUUGUGUGAAUUAUGCCUGGAUGACGUUCUUUACGCACGAACUACCUGUAAAUUGAAAACUGACAACGUCUUUUGGGGGGAGCACUUUGAAUUUAAUAACCUCCCGUCGCUCAAAACCAUUACAGUGCACUUAUACAAAGAGACUGACAAGAAAAAAAAGAAAGACAAGACCAACUUCAUCGGGCAGGUGAAUAUCCCCGUGGGCUCUGUAACGGGGCGGCAGUUUGUGGAGAAGUGGUACCCUGUCAUCAGCCCCAACCCCAGCAAGGGCAAGUCCGCAGGGCCUAUGAUCCGCAUCAAGUCACGCUACCAGAGCAUGAGCAUCCUCCCCAUGGAGAUGUACAAGGAGUUUGCCGAGUACAUCACUAACAAUUACAUGGUGCUCUGCUCAGUGCUGGAGCCUGCGUUGAGUGUGAAGAACAAAGAGGAGAUGGCCUCUGCCCUGGUCCAUAUUCUGCAAAGCACUGGGAAGGCCAAGGAUUUCUUGACCGACCUGAUGAUGUCUGAAGUUGACCGCUGUGGUGAAAAUGAGCACCUCAUUUUCCGAGAGAACACGCUGGCCACGAAAGCCAUCGAGGAGUACCUGAAGCUGGUGGGGCAGAAGUACUUACAGGAUGCCUUAGGGGAGUUCAUCAAAGCUCUGUACGAAUCAGAUGAAAAUUGCGAGGUGGACCCCAGUAAGUGCUCAUCCUCGGACCUUCCUGAACAUCAGAGCAACCUGAAAAUGUGCUGUGAGCUGGCCUUCUGUAAAAUCAUCAAUUCUUACUGUGUCUUCCCAAGGGAACUCAAAGAGGUUUUUGCUUCGUGGAGACAAGAGUGCAGUAACCGUGGCCGGCCAGACAUCAGCGAGCGGCUCAUCAGUGCCUCCUUAUUCCUCCGGUUCCUCUGUCCAGCCAUCAUGUCCCCCUCCCUCUUUAACCUGCUCCAGGAAUACCCUGAUGACCGCACUGCACGCACUUUGACCCUCAUUGCCAAGGUCACACAGAACCUCGCCAACUUUGCCAAGUUUGGCAGCAAAGAGGAGUAUAUGUCCUUCAUGAAUCAGUUUCUGGAACACGAAUGGACUAACAUGCAGCGAUUUCUAUUGGAGAUUUCCAAUCCAGAAACCAUCUCGAACACAGCUGGCUUUGAAGGCUACAUCGACCUGGGCCGGGAAUUGUCCACUUUGCACUCUCUACUGUGGGAGGUCAUUUCUCAGCUCGAGCAGGGCACUGUAACAAAACUUGGGCCCCUGCCUCGGAUUCUGAGGGACGUCAACGCUGCGCUCAGUAACCCAGCGUGCGUGCAGGUCUCCGUCACAGCUGACCAUACUGCAUCAACUCCAAAUGCUGGCAACAGCAUCUCUGCUGGGCUACAGAAAAUGGUGAUAGAGAAUGACUUAUCUGGUCUGAUAGAUUUCACACGGUUACCGUCUCCGACCCCUGAAAACAAGGACUUGUUUUUUGUCACAAGGUCUGCUGGGGCUCAGCCCUCGCCCGCCCGAAGCUCCAGCUACUCGGAGGCCAAUGAGCCUGAUGUGCAGAUGUCCAAUGGCAGCAAGAGUUUGUCCAUGGUGGACUUGCAGGACAAUCGGAUUUUGGACAGUGGGGCAAAUGCACCCGGGGCCGCGGAUUCCCUCAAUGACAGUCAGUCGUCUGUCGGGCAGUUACAGGGCAUAUGGACCGCACGAACUCAGCAGAACAACGUGACUGGCAUGGCCACGGUGCGCAGGGUAGGCCAGACCCCCACCACGCCCAGUGCUGAGAGCGCGCCUGGCAGGCCCCAGCUUUUAGCACCUUUAUCGUUCCAGAACCCGGUGUACCAGAUGGCGGCUGGGCUCCCGCUGUCCCCCCGGGGCUUGGGGGACUCUGGCUCUGAGUGCCACAGCUCCCUGAGCUCCCACAGCAACAGCGAAGAGCUGACGGCCAACAAGCAUGGCUUCGUCAACCCUGCUGGGAGCGAGGACUUCACCCGGCGGACGGGGGAGCUGGCCCGCCGGCAGCUCUCUCUGACAGAAAAAGGUGGCCAGCCCACCAUGCCCCGGCAGAACAGCGCCGGCCCCCAGAGGCGGAUAGACCAACCGCCACCUCCCCCGCCGCCGGUCACCAGGGGCAGGACGCCGCCCUCGCUGCUGAACACGGUUCAGUACCAGAGACCUUCCAGCGGGAGCAUGAUGUCCUCCUCACCCGACUGGCCGGGCAGCGGGGCCCGCCUCCGGCAGCAGUCCUCCUCCUCUAAGGGCGACAGUCCGGAGAUGAAGCCGCGCACCAUGCACAAACAGGCCCCUUCUCCUGUGAACCCCAAUGCCCUGGACCGCACUGCCGCAUGGCUUUUGAAUAUGAACAUGCACUUUUUAGAAGAUGAAAGCAUUGACCCAGAUUCCAAGCACAGGGAUAAGCUCAGGAAUAAGGACGAGCUCAGCCAAGCAGAAAAGUACCAGCAGGACCUGGUGGUGCUGCAGGACAAGCUCCGUAUCUCCAACAAGAAGCUGGAGGAGUAUGAAAACAGGUUCAAAUGCCAGGAGGAGACAACCCAGAAACUGAUGCUGGAGUACCAGGCCAGGCUGGAGGAGAGCGAGGAGCGGCUCCGCAGACAGCAGGAAGAUAAAGAGAUCCAGAUGAAGGGGAUCAUCAGCAGAUUGAUGUCGGUCGAGGAGGAAUUAAAGAAAGAUCAUGCAGAAAUGCAGGCGGCAGUGGAUUCCAAACAGAAGAUUAUUGAUGCCCAGGAGAAACGCAUUGCUUCACUGGAUGCGGCCAACGCACGGUUAAUGAGUGCCCUUACUCAGCUGAAAGAGAGGUACAGCAUGCAGACACGUAACGGGAUCUCCCCCACAAACCCAACUAAAUUACAGAUUACAGAGAACGGAGAAUUCAGAAACAGCAGCAAUUGUUAACCCGCGGAGGGAGCUGCUGCAGGAGAGGAGGCCUGGCCUGAAAGACUGCGCAGCAGCAGGGGUGAGCCGUGCUUCAGAGAAUGGCUGCUGUCUUUCCCCCCCGCUCCCCAAGGAACCAGCUCCUUACUGCAGACGGCACACUUGACUGCUCCUUGGUGGGAGACGCCAACGCCAGCAAGUUGAGGGGACCAAAAGACCGAGUUGUGUGAAAUGUGUGGCAAAAGGAGAGCUCCGUAUACGGGGGGGAUUGCUGUCACUGGUGGAUUUAAGUCAGUGUUUAAUGUUUAACCUUUUCCUUCCCCAACUGCCCCAAGGACACACCUCACACUCCUCCUGGCCCAUAAUAAUGGCCUUGGCGUGCCAGUAAGCAAAAUAAAGGGGUCUGGGAAAGCCUGCGCCAGGCCCAAUCAGGCUAGUUAAAGUGUGUUCAGUGGUGGGUUCCUGCGCGUAAACGCUCAGUGGAGGAGGAGAAUGUAUCGGUCUGAAACCCACUUAGUCUAAUUCCAGCCCUGGUCAGGAAAUGCUCUGCCAUGGCACUUAGUUUGCUCGGUGGGUCAUUCUGUGUAGCUUCAGGUCGGGGUGGCCGCAGCACAUCGCUCCUGUGCACCGCUUGGAGUAUGCUCCAUGCACUGGUCCCUGCACAAGCACCUUUCCCCCGGCAUUGUGCAGUAGGAGAGAUUUCCUGGGCCACUGUCGGUUUGACGCUCACCCAAGGGAACUGGUGUUGGAAUGAAAUCCGAGUGACUCAGGAGAGCAGGGUCUGAAGAGCAAGGACAAAGCUCGCUAUGUGUGCGGGGUGGGAGCCAGAGGAAUGCUGGCACAGAUAGACAACAGGGCAGGUCACCUGGGAGGGGAGUAAAUAGCACUUUAGCAAGAAUUGCUGGGCUAAGCAGUGUCACCUCUGUAGGAGUCCGGCGCUCCCGGGAGAGUCCGUGCAUAUUACACCUACGAUGGCACCUUGCAGCAGGGGAACAGCUCUCUGUAUUUGCUUUACUUUUUGCCAACCUACUAGUCAGACGCCAAGCCAGUGCAGCUGGUGCAGGCUUGCGUCCAAGGCAGUGGGACUGUUGUACGCCAGCAGAGAAGGGGAGCUGGUGUUCUAGGGAUGGUGUGUUUAUUUCUAGGUGCAGCUUCUUCUUGGCAAUCUAAGGAGGGGAGGGAGGGGCACGUUACCUUGUCACCAAUCUAACACAAUGAAAAGUUCCACGUGAGUAGCAUCCCACUAAACUUCCUGCUAUUGAACCCAGCAAAUAUCACGUCCACUCAGCUCACCCAGGCGCUUAGCGGUUGGGUUGCGAAGUGUGGGUUACUAGCCAAAAAUCACGCCGAAAAAUGUCUUGAAGCCCCAUCACGAUUCAGGGAGUGGAAUCAGUUUUACACCAGCAUUUGUUUAGGAUGUGGCUGCUUGCUCGGAAAAGGAAGGGUUAUUUGUGCGGGGGGGAUGCUAUAUGCAAAGGUGUGUGCUAAACAUUCAGGAAAAAGAAAAACCCUGAAGAAGCAUGAAGAUUGGUAAUUGUAUUUCUUUUCUUUCACAGUAUGCAUUAGAAAAAAAUACAGCCCAUUUUCUGGAAUACUGUCCUCUUUAAAUUGGGAAUGAGCACUGCACGGAAAUUAACAGCCUCGAAGAAUGUAAAACAUGGUCAUAAGGGAAUAACCAACAAGAACAGCAGCAGCCACCGAAAUUCCCAUGGUCAGGAGGCACUGUGCAGACAUAAGCCAGGAUUAGACUUUCCUAACUGCUGAAACAAGUAGAUUCGGCACAUUCAGACGUGUGUUGCUCAGCGGAGGGGCCAUCUCCUUAGAGGGGGAUUAUGCCACUGACCUGCUGCCAGUGCAGGUUGUUUGUUUUGUUUUUUUUUUAAAGUUAGUCCUUCUUGAUUCCCAGUCUCAGAACAGGUCAUUAAUACGGAGACCCAGAGAGAUGGUUUCUCUGAGACAUGGAUGCCACUGUACAGUGUAUAGGACAUCUGCCUAUUCCGCCCAUUAGGAGCACAUACUUGCUGUAUGCUUAUCCUAGUUUGCCCAGUGCCAUGUUUAAAUGUACAGUCGGAAGGGACUAGGAUACUGAAUUGUGCUAGGCUUAGGUGCCAACUCCACAGUAUCUAUUCUGUGCUAGCAGGACACUGUUUGCAUUUCUCUGUUGUCCUGCCACCGCAAAUCCUAAAAAGAUUCACUGUGGAGGGGAUUAUUUUAAAGUUAAAACUGCUUUUUUCUAAAAGCUUCUCUUCCACGGAAGCCCCAGCCCAGGUCACAUAGGGCUGCAACUUCUGCAGCUCCGGAUCUUGGAUGGUUGAUGGGCUGUCUGCGCUCGAAGCUCUCCACACGCAAGGAAUGCCGUCCCAUCUCUUGAUUUAAAUUCACAGUGUGGCGUGAACGUAAGACCAAAAAGAGGAGCUCCUCAGAGCCAAGUGACCAUUGAAUAUUGGAAAAUUAGCACAAGUGGCUUUGAAGAAGCUCACAAAACUGACAGCCCCUGGAGAAAGACCCAGACAGGUUAGGCGUAUACAGGGUACUAUGAACAAUUUGGUACAUACGCUUACACCCGCCUUUGUCUCAGUGUCAAAUACCUUAAAGAACCCUGCAAAAAAAGACUCUCUUUAAACAGCUGGUGCCCGGAGAUGUACUUUUAGCUCUGGAUAUUUUUUUAGGAUCUGAAAUAUUCCUCCUAUGAAAGAUGGCAGCUGUUUCACAUAGAAUGCUAGGAAGGGGUGGUGGACGGAUGCCCUAGCAGGGACUGAUUUCUAUUCUUACACGGAAACUUCAGGGAAUUGUUUUUGGAUGCAAAUUCAGUGCUUGCCCUAAGAACUGGCAGGGGGAUCCCCGAAACAAUUGUCUAUUUAGUACGGAAGCUAAGUACCAUGCAUCUUAACCUACUCCUCAGCCCUGAGCCAAUCCAUUGCUCCCAAAACUUUUUAGGGACUACAUUACAAACUCUUGGUUAACACCAACAUCUCAGUUAAAGCAUGCACGGUGUGCUGCUGGUGUAGCAGAAAAACCUAAACCCUUCCACAGGGAGUUAUUUAAAAACUAACAUUUCUGGAUCUGGCACCUUCUGAUCUGUAGUUUCCUGAGCCGGUAUGAAAAGGAACUCAGUCCCAGAAGAAAUCUCUUCUUUGUAGAGAUGUCCCCUAAACUUCAAAACGUGGGAUCCAGAUCUGGAGGUUUGGUUCAGGCCCAUCUCUUAGUGUGUUACUUCAGUUUGUGGUUUUGUUAUUUAUGAGCUGCACACCAGUGUGGGGGGGGUGUGAGUGCAAUUCCUGUCCUCAAGCCUGGUGUUUCGCAUAGCAAUACCAGAGACAAUUUGCAGAGGUGCUCCCAGCAACAGAGAGUAAAACAACCACUCUACUGACCAUCAUGCGACCUGCUGUUUUCGUUCUCGUGCUUUCUGCGACAAGAGCCUAUUCUAGUGCAAAAACUGUAACUGUGUAAACAAAACAAACAUUCACAGAUUUUUAUCUUAAUGCAAGUCUUACAAUUUUUUGUAUAUGUUCUUGGUGUUUGACUGUAAUGUACCUAUUCACCUAACAGUUGUAUAUAGUAAUUUACUUCUGGUGCUGCUUAUUUGGUCAGGAGUUGAGUGUCUCUACCGCUGGUUUGUUUGGGGUUUUUUUGUUUUGUUUUUAAACAGAGGUGGGCUCAAGUAAGCAAAUUCAGAUCUGGGUUCAGAUUUCAGCUGCCCCUUGGGGGCUGGGAUGGAUCCAGGGUUUUGAUUUGGGGUGAUGGAGAGAAAACGUCGAGGCGUUCGGGUGUGAAAUAUCCCAUGGUUGCUGCACGCUAUAAGUCUAAUACAGUGGGGGUUGUGCUUUAAGUUCAGAGCCAGAAGCUCCAGGGAGACUUCCUACCAACUACAACAGUUUAGUAACCAAGCGCUUCCCCCCUCCCCCCCAAUCUAUUAAGCAGAAAUGCCCUCCACCCAAACAGGUCCUUGGAAGUCUGCACUCUGUCCCUUCAGCAUUGUGGUUUUUGCUUGUCCCUGUUAGAGCAUUCCUGGACUUGUGAGCAGUGUCUUGGCUCCACGCUUUAGGACAGCUGUGUAACGUACUGCCAGAUGCAGGACACACCGAGUUAUGCUGGAAUCCAUAGACUGGAGGUUUCCCCAGGCACACUGUAGGGAUUUGCUGGACCUGGGUGACAAUAGCUGUGCUUCAUCAGUUCCACCAAGCUCAUUACCCUCCCCUGACAGAGCACCAAGCAAAUGUACAGGGGGGGACAACCCUGCACUGAUCUCCAGGGCCUGGCCUCCCCCCAGAUCACCUCUGGGUCUCUUCCAUCCCUGUUCUGGCAUGCUGCAGCCCUGCCCCAAAAGGGGCUGUAUUCAGGGUGAGCCGGGACUCCAACUCCGCCUUUCUAGUCCUGGCCUCUAAAGUGAGUGCAGCUGCUGCUGUUCCCUAGUUCCCAAGCGAUUCCUUGAACUGCCCCAGAAGGGAGACCGUUCACUUCUAGCCAGAUACUGUGUCUGCGCGAAUGGCCCCCCACCUGACGGGUCAGCUACGGGCCCCCUUGUGUGACUGCUGGGCAGAGAAGCGUUGUCAUUUUCUGUUCUUGGAGGAGGAGUAUCUAAUUUGGGCCAGAGAGGAACCUGUUCGUCUGCUGAGCAGAGGCUUUCCAGCCCAUGGACAGUCCACAACAAUCCUCAAAUGCUGGCGCUUUGGAGCAGGGUUCUGGUUUCACUACUUGACUUUCACGGGUAACGUGAGGUGUGACAUUGCUGUAAAUUUUAUGUGGUUCUGCAUCAACUAUCGGUACCCAAAGUGCAGUCUCCAUGGUCCCAUAUUCCUUUAUCAUCCAUCACUGUGUCUUAAGAUAUACCUCUCUCUGUAUAUCUGCUUAGGCUGAUACUUGUUCCUGAUGAGCAGUCGCUAUGUUUUAUAUCCUCUUAUGACGAAAAAAAACAAACAAAAAACCUUUUUUGUAAGUAUGUUUAAAAACAAAGCGAAGUGGAAGUGUUUGCUGAAACUCCUUCAGCCUCUUUUAAACUAUGUAAUAAUGUACAGAGAAAGUUGUUGGUGUUCAAAGAGAUGAUGUGGACGUGCAAUUUCUGUACAUUUGCAAUUAGAAAUAUUAAAGAUUUAUUUAGCUAUUUUA